CGGAAGCGCACGAAGGACAGGUCCGAGUCAGUUUAUGAGGCGCUCUUCCUGGGGGGAGAGGGCAGCGACGUGCAGAUCCGUGCAUUGGGGGAGGAGUGGAACUUGCAUAGAGUCUAUUUGUGCCGGUCCGGUUACUUCGCAAGUAUGUUUAGCGGCGCCUGGCGGGAGACAACCAUGAACACGAUAGAGCUGCAGAUGCCUGACGAGAACAUCGAUCGGGAUGCCCUGCACGAGGCUUUCGGCUCACUGUACCGUGAGGUUGUGUUCAUCCCGCCCAGCCGAGUCAUUGCUAUCCUGGCCACAGCCAGCAUGCUGCAGCUGGAUGAGCUGAUUCAGCAGUGCGAGGAGGUAAUGAAGGAAACGGUUGGCGCCCAGACCGUGUGUGGCUACUACUACUCUGCCGAGAGCUACGGGCUCCAAAGUGUCAGGACCAUGUGCCUCCAGUGGCUGCUGGACAACCUGAUGACCCAGUGUAGUGAAGAGUUAUUGCGAGAUGUCAGCAGGGAUCUCAUGAAAGAACUCGUCGCCUCUUCAGAGCUCUUGGUGAUUGAGGUGGAGAUGGACGUGUACACCACCCUGAAAAAAUGGAUGUUCCUGCAGCUGCAGCCAGCGUGGAGGGGCCCCAGCAGAACUCUAUUGUCCGACGCUGACGUGUGGUUCGCCAGGCACAGGAGGGAGGCGGAUGGGGCCCCUUUUCUGGAGACGGAGCAGGGCACAGCCUUCGUGCCGGUCUUCCGGCAGCUGCGGCUUGCCUACAUAAUCUGUGACCUGCCUUCUGCUCGAGUCAUCGACCAGGACUCACUGAUCCCUGCUGCAUGGCUGACCCCAGUGUAUAAAGAGCAGUGGCUAGCUCUGCUCCGAGCUGAGCAGACAAGAGAUCUGGGGCCCAUGAACGUGUGUGUGUCUGAUCUUGAGAGGAACAGCAUGAGAUGUGGCGGCCAGCUCCGCAGAGACGAGCAGUGCAGCUGGAGGUGGGCGGGCUUCAACUUCGGCUGGGACCUAGUGGUGUGCUACACUAACCGACGCAUCAUUUUCCGGCGCAGUGCCCUGAACAAGUCUUGUGGCCUCGGAGUCAGCUUACUCUGGCAAAGAAAGGUCGCGUUCCGCCUGCGCCUGACCUCUUUGGACAGGGCUGGAAGAGCCAUUUUCAGGAAGGACACUGAAUACCAGAUGCUUUCCUUGAGAAAGGAUCAAGAGCUAGAGGUCGUGAACCUGGAGGACCAAGAUGUGAUUUUCCCCAUAUAUGUGGCCUGUAACUUUCUGUACCUCCCUCGAGAGGGACGCUGCCCAGACUGA